GCCCAAUCGCCGAUCGUUUCGCAAAAUAGCAAGGAACAGAAAUAAGCGACCCGCCAAAGACAAACUUGUUUUCCUGAGAUUUACUGUGUUUGUGAAUAUAUAGUUCUAGUUAGUACUCUGACGAGUCAUAAUGUUUAUAACGGAUUUCAAAAAAGAAUUUUAUGAUGUCGUUCUACAUCAGCGUGUACUUGUCCUGGUGGCACUAGAUGUAGAUGCAAUCUGUGCGUGUCGUAUAUUGCAGAAUAUGUUCCAAUGUGACCAUGUACAGUAUACGUUAGUACCAGUGUCCGGUAGACAAGAUCUAGAGAAAGCUUAUUUAGAGCACUCAGAACAGAUUGAAUAUGUAGUUUUGAUAAAUUGUGGAGCUAAUAUUGAUAUCUUGGAUACCUUACAACCAGAAGAAAAUGUACAGUUUUAUAUAUGUGAUAGUCAUAGGCCAAUUGAUCUUGUUAACAUUUAUAAUGAAACUCAGAUAAAAUUACUGAUGAAGAAAGAAGAUGACUUUUCAAAUAUUCCAGAUUAUGAAAAGGUUUUUCGUGACGAAGAGUCUGAUGAUGAAGACAGGGAUUCUGGGAAUGAAAGUGAUGGAUCAGCACCCUCUGGUAAAAGACGUAGACUGGAUGAGGAUGCACUGGAGCAACAAAUAGAGAAACGUAGAAAACUUCGGAUGUGGGAGGAAGAAAGACAAGAUAUACUAUUUAGAUAUGAAGAAUUUAGUUUUCAUGGAACAUCAUCUGCAUUGGUGUUAUUUGAAGAGUUAUCAUGGAAAAUGUCAAAAGACACCAGUGAGCUUCUUUGGCUGGCUAUUGUAGGGCUCUCAAGUCAGAUUGUCAUUGGUAAAAUUGAAAGAGAUAAAUAUGUGAGUGAUGUUGAUGAGUUGAAUCGUCAUGUAUCCCGUCAUAAUCAUCCUUUGAAUGACCAAGAUAUGGCUGUAUCUGUUGACUGUCUCAGAAUUGCAUUCAACAGGGAAUUACGUCUUUCACUCUACAGACACUGGUCUAUAUUUGAUAGUUUAUUUCAUUCUGUAUAUACAGCAUGUAGUUUUAAAGUAUGGACAAUGAAAGGUAAAAAGAAGUUACAUGAAUUUUUAGCAGACAUGGGUCUUCCUUUGGUUGAAAGUAAACAGAAAUACACAUCGAUGGAUAUGGCACUCAGAGAGAACCUUACAGACUGGAUUAAUAAAUCAGCUGAGAAGUAUGGAUUGGAUGACAUGUUCCACCCAUCAUUUCAAGCACAGUAUGGAUUUAAAAAUAAGUUUUGUGCCACUGAUUUUGUUUAUGCAGUUGGAGCUGUUCUGGAAUCUGCGGAUAAAAAUAAAUCUGAUGAGCAAAAGUUUUUGCAAGCAUUUGAUUGCCUAAAAAGGAGUAAUUUGGAUUUAUUAGAGAUUGGUUUAGACACUGCUAAAAAGCAAAUGACUGCAAUAUUGGAACAAGUGAGGACAUUACUUGAUAUGAAUCAGGUUAUCUGCGCUGGACCAUUUCUGUAUGCGUAUGUACAAAGUGGUAGUCCAGAUGUUCAGUUCUUCUCUAGACCCAUAUGUCUUAUAUUAUUAGCCAGGUUCACACUAGAAGCUUACAUCAAUGUAUCAAAGAGCAAGAGAGCCAAGACAUUGCCACUUGUUAUGAGUGCCCCUAUGGAUUUAGAAAGAGGAACAUCAAUUGUAGUUGGUAUACCACCAAAAAGGGAGCAAGAAAUACUGACAAAGAAUUUCUUUGGUAGAGCAUUUGAACAGGCCAGUGAGAAAACUAAUUGCAGAACAUUGCUGGAUAAUUUUGACUCCUCAAUUAUAGAAAUAAAGACAGAAGACAGAAGUAAAUUCUUUGAUGCAUUGAUAUCACUUUUAUCAUAAAUUUCUCUAACAUUAUCAAUAUUAUAGCAUGUGCUUCAUAUACCAUCCUAGCAACAACCAUCGUUAAGGACAGAAAUCAUUAUAUCAGAUUUAUAGAGAUAGAGACAAACUAAAUGCCCC